AUGGGAAGCAUCUCACCCGAAGAAGCGAAGUCCAUCUUCAAAACUCCAUGGAUAGAGACGCCACUCGUGGAAUCAGCCUCGCUCUCCCGGGCAGCAGGCUGUAGGAUCUUUCUGAAGCUGGAAAACGUCCAGCCCAGCGGAUCUUUCAAGUCCCGUGCUAUGGGCAAUCAGAUCCUCUCCCAUCUCACCAAACCGGAGAAUGUCAAACGUGACGUGCACUUCUUCGCAUCCUCAGGCGGCAACGCCGGCCUCGCUGCUGUCUGCGCGGCUCGCAGCCUGGGAUACCCUUGCACGGUGGUAGUACCACUAUCUACGAAACCUUUGAUGGUGGAGAAGCUGCUCACUGCGGGCGCGGUGGACGUGAUUAAGCAUGGGGAAACCUUUUCCGAGGCCGGAGAAUACAUGAAAGAGGUGGUGAUGAAGACUAAAGGGGACGAUGAGGGUGACAAGGAUGUGGCCAAGAUUGCCCUCCACCCCUUCGAUAACGAGCUUAUCUGGGAAGGAAACAGCACAAUCGUGGACGAACUAGCCACUCAGCUUCCCCCACCCACAGCUGGUGACGAGGAGGAAGAAGCCGCCUACCGUGGCAAACCUCUCCCAAUGGACGCCGUGAUAUGCAGUGUAGGCGGCGGCGGUCUACUGAACGGCCUAGUCAUGGGCCUAGAAAGAUACAGAAAAACACAAAAGCUCGCAGCAGCAACAAUAACCACGAAGCAAAACCCAACCCACCUCCUCGCCAUCGAGACCGAAGGCACCGACUCUCUCGCUCUCGCCGUCGCCCGCAAAUCCCUCGUCUCCCUCCCCAAAAUCACCUCUCAGGCUACAUCUCUAGGCGCUAUUCGUGUCUCGGAGAAGACAUUCCAAUACGCUACCUCCCCACCUCCAGGCAUUGCCGUACACAGUGCAGUUCUCUCCGAUGCUGAUGCAGCAAGGGGUGUUCUCCGUCUUGUCGAUGAUGAGCGACUGCUUGUUGAAUUGGCGUGCGGUGUGUGCGUUGAGGCUGCAUCCAAACUGAAACAGCUUGUCCCUGAGCUGGGACCGCAGAGUAGGGUGGUGAUCAUUGUCUGUGGUGGUAGUAAUGUCACCAUUGACUCGGCAGUAGAGUGGAGAGGGAUGCUUAAGCAGGGAUGGGGACAAUAA